CAGUCCACAACACACAGCCUAGGGAACCAGGAAGGAAACCAGGAAGGAAACCAGGGAGCAGAGAGACUGAAGCUCCACUUUAACAUUUUCCAAAGGUUCUGAGGCUGCGGAUCGCUCCCGUCCUAUAGCAACAUGGGGGAACUCUUCAGAAGUGAAGAGAUGACGCUGGCCCAGCUCUUCCUCCAGUCUGAAGCCGCCUACUGCUGCGUCAGUGAGCUGGGAGAGAUUGGGAUGGUGCAGUUUCGUGAUCUCAAUCCUGACGUGAAUGUGUUCCAACGGAAGUUUGUCAAUGAAGUACGUCGAUGUGAGGAGAUGGAUCGCAAACUGAGAUUUGUGGACAAAGAAGUUCGGAAGGCCAAGAUCCCAAUCGUCGACACGGGAGAGAACCCUGAAGUCCCUUUCCCCAGGGACAUGAUCGACCUGGAGGCCACAUUUGAGAAGCUUGAGAACGAGAUGAAGGAAAUAAACACCAACCAAGAAGCCCUGAAGAAGAACUUCCUGGAGCUGACGGAGCUCAAGCACAUCCUGCGUCGCACGCAGCAGUUUUUUGACGAGAUGGAGGAUCCCAGUUUACUGGACGAGUCCAACAUCCUCUUGGACCCCAACGAGCCCCAAAGAAUGGCUCUCCGACUCGGAUUUGUGGCCGGAGUCAUUGGCAGGGAACGUAUUCCCACAUUUGAGCGGAUGCUGUGGAGAGUUUGCAGAGGGAAUGUGUUCCUGAGGCAGGCGGAGAUCGAAGAUCCUCUGGAGGACCCGGCCACGAGCGACAAGGUCCACAAGUCGGUCUUCAUCAUCUUCUUCCAGGGAGACCAGCUCAAGAAUCGAGUCAAGAAGAUCUGUGAGGGGUUCAGAGCGACCUUGUACCCGUGUCCAGAAACACCCCAGGAGAGGAAAGAGAUGCUGGCGGGGGUGAACGCACGUAUCGAGGACUUGCAAAUGGUGCUGAACCAGACCGAUGACCACCGGCAGAGGGUCCUGCAGGCUGCCGCCAAGACGGUCAGGGUGUGGUUCAUCAAGGUGAGGAAGAUGAAGGCCAUCUACCACACCCUCAACCUCUGCAACAUCGACGUGACUCAGAAGUGUCUGAUCGCCGAGGUGUGGUGUCCCGUCUCCGACAUGGACUCCAUCCAGUUUGCCCUGCGCAGGGGGACGGAGAAGAGCGGCUCCACCGUGCCGUCCAUCCUCAACCGGAUGCAGUGCAAGCAGACCCCGCCCACCUACAACAAGACCAACAAGUUCACCUCGGGCUUCCAGAACAUCGUGGACGCCUAUGGAAUCGGCAGCUACCGCGAGAUCAACCCAGCGCCAUACACCAUCAUCACCUUCCCCUUCCUAUUUGCCGUCAUGUUCGGUGACAUGGGCCACGGGGUGCUCAUGACCUGUGCCGCCCUGUACCUCGUGUUGAGAGAGAGCAGGCUGAUGGCCCAGAAGAUCGACAAUGAGAUGUUCAGCAUGGUGUUUGCGGGGCGCUACAUCAUCCUGCUGAUGGGCAUCUUCUCCGUCUACACGGGGAUCAUCUACAACGACUGCUUCUCCAAGUCCCUCAACGUGUUCGGCUCCGGCUGGAGCGUGAGGCCCAUGUUCGACGCUCGGCAGGGGGGCAACUGGACGUUUGACACGUUGCGAGACAACAAGGUGUUGCAGUUGGACCCGGUAGUGGACGGCGUCUUCAGAGGGCCGUACCCCAUCGGCAUCGACCCGAUCUGGAACAUUGCCACCAACAAGCUGACGUUCCUGAACUCGUUUAAGAUGAAGAUGUCUGUGAUCCUGGGAGUCAUCCACAUGCUGUUUGGGAUCUCUCUCGGUCUCUUCAACCACCUGUAUUUCAAGAAGCCGCUGAAUAUCUACUGGGGAUUCAUCCCGGAGAUCGUCUUCAUGGCCAGUCUGUUUGGCUACCUCGCCGUUCUGAUCUUCUACAAGUGGCUCCGGUACGACGCGAGCAUGUCCAAGGACGCUCCCAGUCUCCUCAUUUCCUUCAUCAACAUGUUCCUCUUCAAAUACAACGACCCCACCACCCCGCCGCUCUACCAAGGACAGAUGGUCAUACAGUCCCUGUUGGUGGUGAUCGCCUUGGCGUGCGUUCCCUGCAUGUUAAUAGUGAAAACUCUGGUCCUGCGGCGACAGUAUUUGCGGCGGAAAAACCUGGGUACGAAUAACUUCGGAGGGAUCCGGGUGGGCAACGGGCCCACCGACGACCAGGCUGAGAUCAUCCAGCACGACCAGCUCUCGCAGCACUCCGACGAGGAGCCGGAGCGUUGCCUUUUGUCACCUGCUGUCAAGGCCUGCGAGGAGGAAGAGUUUAACUUUGGGGAUGUGGCGGUGCAUCAGGCGAUCCACACCAUCGAGUACUGCCUGGGCUGCAUCUCCAACACGGCCUCCUACCUGAGGCUCUGGGCCCUCAGUCUGGCUCACGCGCAGUUGUCGGAGGUGCUGUGGACCAUGGUGAUGCACAUUGGCUUCUCCACCGCCGGCUUCGCAGGGCUCUUCAUGGUGACCGUCGUCUUCCUCUUCUUCGCUGUCCUCACAGUGGCCAUUCUCCUCGUCAUGGAGGGCUUGUCGGCCUUCCUGCAUGCGCUGCGGCUGCACUGGGUGGAGUUCCAAAACAAGUUUUACGUGGGCCAGGGCUUCAAGUUCCUCCCCUUCACCUUCGGAAGUAUCCUGGACGGGAGUCUCGAGGAAUGAGAUGGGACCACUCCUCUUCUUCAGUUGUCACUCAUCUCUUGAGAAUCUGCGUGCUGUUGAAUAGAUGUGUGUGUGUGUGUGAGAUGCAGUUUCCAUGAGUGACACCACAAAUUUCAGUUAGUUCAUGCAUUCCUCAGAGAACUAGUGUUAUGCGUUGUGUGUCUCGUCUUAGUGAAGUCAUGUUGUUUUCACCUGUUAUGUUAUAUUAAUAUUAUUUAUGCAAAUCUUUCCUUUAUGGAAUCUGUAUUUUCUUUCUGUCUUUGUGGCGGUGUCGUAGUUCCAUCAUAAAUGAGGUGUUUGUGCAAGUGUCUUGACUGAUUAUGUUGAUUAACACUUUUUCAGAGUAAAGUAACAGAAGUGUCACUGUAGUGGUUACCUCUCUCUCUCUCUUUUUUUUUUUUUUUUCACCUCACACACUGAGCUGUAAAGGUCCAAAGGGAAUACCAUUACACUUCCUUCAGGUGGAGAAGUUCUGAUGUGUAAUCCUGCGCUAACAUUGCCCUGAAGGCCCUUUCUGUUCACUGAUGUGUUCUCUGUAAAUCUGUCGUGGAGAGAAUGAAGAAACACUGCUGACUUUCACUUGUACGUCAACGUUUUAUCGGUGCACUUAGAUUGGAGUGAAAACAUUAGGAACGUUCAAAUAAAAUACAAUCCUUUCCCACAUUCAUUGUGCAUCUCUGUGUUAAUAAAAUGGAAAGAGCUUGAA